UGGUGGAGUGCGGGUGUGUUUUGCUGUUCGCGCCCUCAGCCCCAGCGCGUGCUACACCGCGCGGGGGGUGUUCCACUCACCUGUUCUCCGCAUGGUGUGGGCGCGAUGCCUUCAGUGAUGUGCGCGGCGCAAGAAAGAUGUGUUGAUAUUACAGGGUGUGAAGCAUAACCCCCUUUCCGUGUGAUGUGCCUUGUCAAUCCAGGAAAUUGAAAUAAGUUUAUUGUGGUAUAAAUGUACACAAAGGGAUGAGGUAGCUCAAGCUAUUCUCAUUCUGUUAUGGAUGUUGCAAGAUGAUUUGCAACAGUGGCUUACUCAUCACUCGCAAGCUGAAAGAACUCGUCACCGGUGGGGACUUGUCGCCUAUUAAACGUCCCCCUGCUGUCAAGGAUGUCACUGUCAAGCCCAUCAGUGCCGAGCCUGUCCACCUGUGUCACGGAGGUGUCAUGCCAGGUGUCACGUCGUGUCAUAACUCGCAGGUCAGACAUGGUCAUUUUCCAAGACCGGGUCACCCUGUGGGAGGCAGAGAGUGUGGAGAUGGGGGAGGCUGGGAGAGUCCCAGCCUGGUAUGUGGGUCCCUAAAGGGGACUCCCAGCUCAGUGUGUGGGUCUCAGAGGCAGAGUCCCAGCUCAGUGUGUGGGUCUCAGAGGCAGAGUCCGAGCUCAGUGUGUGGGUCUCAGAGGCAGAGUCCGAGCUCAGUGUGUGGGUCUCAGAGGCAGAGUCCGAGCUCAGUGUGUGGGUCUCAGAGGCAGAGUCCGAGCUCAGUGUAUGGGACCCUGAGAAAGAGUUACCUAUGUGGGGAGGCUGGGUCUCUCUGCCACCCGGACAGAGAGGUCAAGUCACAGUCGGAGUACACCAAACUGAACGGAAAGACUGUAAGGCUACACUCCUCCAGUCUGCCCAGAGCCUUACACACCCGUGGGGGCAGGAAGAGCCACCUGUGCCAGCAGGAGCACGGCGCCCUCCGCAACACCCCUCCCCCAGGAGUGCCCGCCAGGCUGGUGAUCGACGAGGACCACGCUAGAGUCCAUUAUGUUGCUCUCUCGGACAUCUACGCAGAGCUGCCGCGCAAGAAAAAGAAACCUUGCACCGUGCUGGCCUGUUCCCAUCACCGCCACGACCACAACACCACCUACACCACCAAUCCCCACACCACCAAUCCCCACACCUCCAAUCCCUACACCACUAAUCCCCACACCAACACCAACUUCUCCUCAAGGAGUCCGAACUCUUCCACUCCCGAAGAGAAAAAUAAAUUCAACUCCCUCGAAUUCUCGCGGAAGAAACAAGACAAAUCCAAGUUCUUCCAAAAAUUCAAUUCUCUAGAUCGUGGAUGGAAGUCGUUCAUGUCGCCAAAGAAUAACUGUAACAAAAACAGCGAGAGUGGUCUCUCGAGGCCGUCGACAGGACGAGACGUGAAGGCGUCGACCAGCCAACGGGUCGACGAGGGCAGCAACGCCAAACUCGACGCGUCCAAAGAUAAGGUUAACCCUGGCAGAAGCUUAGGUUGCCACCCGUGGUCCCGACCAAGACCCGCCAAAGACAGACACCGCUGGAGGUGGCCCAGCGCCUCCGAAGUCCUGGUGCACCAGCCUCCGGCGCCUUCAGGAGGACAGAGUGGGAAGAAUGACAGAGGGAAAGAAGAGAGCGUUAUCUGCACGUCGCAAGAGGAGGACAAACAAGCGAGCAGCGGCGAUCCCACCUAUCAGUGCCACACCCUUCCCAAAGCACACCGAGAGGUGCGUGUCUGCCAUCGUCCGAGCAAUGCGGCACGGGAGAACAAGAUGCCUUUGGCCACCUGGGAACCCUUCUUCUGCGUACUUCUGCAGGAUGAGACGACCUUUACCGCCUACCGCUCCGAGGAGAUGGCUGUCAUCCCAGGGACGCCCAAUCGUCCUCGCGCACAUAGGCUGAUCGGGGACUCCCUCUUCUACGACCUGCCGAGAAUGCGUCUGGACGGCGGGGCGCGAGCGUUCCGACGCCGCUGGGGCUACGAACUGACGCCGCCGCCAACGCUGGUCGAGGAAGAGGAGGAGAACGAGGAGGACCCCUACGCCCUCCUCCACGACGACGACAACCUCAGCUACACGGAGACCAGGUCGCUGAGGGAGGACUACCUCUUCCACUCCUCACAAGACACGUCGUAUGAGAAGGCGUGCGGGUCGGACAGGCGCGGGUCCGCCCCGGCUACACCCAUCCUGGGAGCUCGUCCACCAGACUCCACGCCCAACAGACUAGUGAACUUCUUCAGCAAGAGGUCAUUUAAAAGUAACCCGCUGAAGAGGACCAAGUCGGUAACGAAGUUGGAGCGGACGAAGCGAGGUGGGCGUGGGGGCGUGGGCGGCCUCCUGGAACCUGACCCCCUCAGUCUGGGCUCCUCCACCAGACUGAGAUCUUCAAGGUCACACGAAUCCCUCUUAUCUAGUCAUAACAUGAUGAACACACUCGACCUAGCCGCUGGCGAGGUGACCAUCAAACCACUACAUGCCAGUGUUCUGGGGCAGGAGCAUUGCUUCCAGGUAACCUCCCCAACUGGCACCCGUUACUUCAGUUGCAGAACCGCAGAUGAAAGAGACAGAUGGGUCGACUCCCUCCGCAAGGCUGUUAACCCUAAUUAUGACAGUAUUCGGAGAACGGAGAAUUCUCUAAAAAUAUUUAUCCUUGAAGCUAAAGGAGUUAGUAAUAAGAAAAGGUACUUUUGUGAACUGCUUCUUGACACCUCCCUCUAUGCACGGACAUCCAGCAAGCAAAAGGUGGAGAUGUGCUUCUGGGGAGAGCAGUUUGAGUUUAGCAAUCUACCUUCUGUUGAGAAUAUUAGUGUUGCUCUUUAUAGAGAAGGAGAAAAGAAGAGAAAGAAGGAGAAGCAUGUCUUGGUCGGGACAGUAAAUAUACCAGUAGCCAAUGUCACCAGUCGUUGUCACAUUGAGAAGUGGUACCAAGUACAACACGACAACAGGGCGCCAAGUAAAGACAAUGCAGCUCUCCGAAUCAAGUGCAAAUUUCAGUCAAUUGAUAUUCUUCCAAUUGAACUUUAUUCAGAUUUCCUCCAGUACGUAAAGGCAAACUACAGUAUGGUUUGUGAGCUACUGGAACCAGUCAUUAGUGUAAAAGCCAAAGAGGACAUUGCAACAGCAAUGAUCCAUAUUAUGCAGAGAGAAGGAAUAGCAAGAAACUUCUUGGCAGACCUUGUCAUGAUGGAGAUUGACAGAAUAGACGAUUCUCAUCUCUUGUUUCGUGGUAAUUCAUUGGCAACAAAAGCCAUGGAGGCUUUCAUGAAGCUUGUGGGCAGCAAGUACCUCCUCGACACAUUACGGCAGGUCAUCAACAAAGUUGUAGAAGCUGGACUUGAUUGCGAGGUGAGUGUUAGUCAUUAUUUUUAAUAAUUUCUACAGUCU